UUAUCAGACAUCUCUCUCUCUCUCUCUCUUGAUCAGUCUCCGAUGUAGAUGCUCUGAGAUCAAUGAGUGAGAGAAGAAGGCUGUCAAGGCGGAUGAAACAGUGGACCCCCGAGGAGGAUGAAGUCCUCCGCAUGUACGUAGCAGCGAAUGGAGAAUACGAUUGGCGCGGCACGGAGAGGCUUCUUAAACGUUCCAGAAUGGGUUGCCGUCAACGGUGGAGGUAUAAUCUCCGAUCUACCGUCACCCAACACCCUUUAACCGAUGAGGAGAAAACGGUAAUAUGGCAGCUUUACGAGAAUUUGGGUGCCAGAUUCGAUACUAUAAGAAGACGUACUCAGGGUGAUGAUCGCUUUCCUGUAGUGAGAACGGAGUUUGACAUAAGAAGUUAUGUCGAGCAAGAAUUAUUAGAGCGAGUGCUGGGUCAUGGACCUAUUCCAAAUGAUGUUAAUGAUAAUGGUGAGCUCAUUAUUGAUCGAAAUAAUGAAGAGGCUGCUGUUUCUCCUUCCCUGGCAAGGAACAUUGAUGUUAAUGCUCCGGCGCCCACAAAUGACACCCCAGAUUGAUUAACACUCUCAUGUUUUCUUCUUCCUAUUUCAUAUAUAUAUAUAUAUAUAAACUUUUUUUUUAAUUUAUUGGGACAAGGUGACCACUCAAAUUUGACACCUUGAAUCUCUUCAUUUUAUUUCUAAUUAAUAUACUUGCACAU